AUGAGUGUGCAGGAAGUCAGCUUCAAGUCCUUCACGGACCAAAAGCCUGGAACAUCAGGCCUGCGAAAAAAGGUCGUUGUCUUCCAACAACCUCACUACAGCGAAUCGUUCGUUACUAGCAUUCUGUUAUCCAUCCCAGAAGGUGUCGAGGGUAGCUUCCUGGUCAUUGGUGGUGAUGGACGAUACUGGAAUCCUGAGGUGGUGCAAUUGAUCGCGAAGAUUGGGGCUGCCUAUGGUGUGAAAAAGCUUUUGAUCGGACAAGGCGGUAUUCUGAGCACACCUGCCGCCAGUCAUAUCAUUCGUAAGCGUAAAGCUACUGGUGGUAUCUUAUUGACUGCUAGUCACAAUGCUGGAGGUCCUAAGAAUGAUUUCGGUAUCAAGUACAACCUUGCGAACGGUGGGCCAGCUCCCGAAUCUGUUACGAAUAAGAUCUUCUCAACGUCGAAGACCCUCACAUCAUAUAAGAUCGCAGAUAUUCCAGAUGUUGAUAUCAACACCAUUGGCAAGACAACAUACGGACCUUUAGAGGUGGAGAUCAUUGACUCGUGCGCGGAUUAUACAGAGAUGCUGAAGAGCAUCUUUGACUUUCCCUUGAUCAAGAAAUUCUUUGAAUCACACAACGACUUCAAGGUCCUAUUCGACGCUCUUAGUGGGGUUACAGGUCCAUACGGGAAGGCAAUCUUCGAGCAGGAAUUUGGAUUGUCCAGUGCCAGCACGCAAAACUGCAUUCCAUCGCCAGAUUUCAAUGGUGGCCACCCAGAUCCCAACCUUACCUACGCUCACUCGCUGGUCGAGGCUGUUGAUAAGGGCAAGAUUCACUUUGGAGCUGCUAGCGAUGGAGAUGGAGAUCGUAACAUGAUCUACGGUGCCAAUGCAUUUGUUUCUCCUGGAGAUAGCUUGGCAAUCAUUGCUCACCACGCUCAACUCAUUCCAUACUUCAAAAAGCAAGGUGUCUACGGCUUAGCCCGUAGUAUGCCAACUUCAGGAGCCGUUGAUCUUGUUGCCAAAGCUCAAGGAUUGAACUGCUACGAGGUUCCCACCGGUUGGAAAUUUUUCUGCGCACUUUUCGACGCCGACAAGCUGUCAAUUUGUGGUGAGGAGUCUUUCGGAACUGGUAGUAACCAUAUACGCGAGAAAGAUGGACUUUGGGCUGUUGUUGCCUGGCUAAACAUCAUAGCUGGUAUUGGAGAGGCCAACCCAGAAAUUACUCCAAGCAUCUCCAAGAUCCAGCAUGACUUCUGGAGCAUUUAUGGUCGAACUUUCUUCACGAGAUACGACUAUGAGAACGUCAGCAGCGAGGGUGCCGCCCAAGUUGUCAAAGAUUUGACUGCCAAGAUUGAGGAUACGUCGUUCAUCGGCUCAAAAAUUGGCGACCGCACAGUUGCCGAUGCUGGAGACUUCUCUUACACCGAUCUCGAUGGUAGUGUCUCUCCCAACCAGGGUCUUUACGUCAAAUUCUCUGAUGGCUCCCGAAUUGUUGUUCGACUCUCAGGGACGGGUAGCUCAGGCGCGACAAUUCGCUUGUACAUCGAGAAGCAUACUAGUGACGCCAAGACAUACGGUCAGGAUGCUCAGGAAUUCCUGAAGCCGGAUAUCCAAUUCUCUACGGACCUUUUGAAGUUCCAGGAGCACAUUGGACGAACCGAGCCUGAUGUGAAGACGUAG